UGGAGCGUGUUUUAGAUAAUUUUGUUUUCAGCUCCUUCUAGACUAAAAGCUCCGGCCACCGAGAGCAGUUGCACCACGGACAAAGACAGCUCGUGGGAGAACGGAACCUCCGUGGCCACCGCCGCCGCUGCCGGAAUAUUUUCGACGGUAUCGGCGCCGCUAGGUGGAGAAUUUUCGAUGCCGGAUUCAGAAACAGUGUUUUUAUAUUCACAUUUAGUUAUGUGAAUAUUUAUUUAUUUAUUUAAAAUUUGGGUGAUUUUCACUUUUAGUUACUUCCGCUGUAAUUGAACACGAAACUCUGAAAGGCUGAGACAUUGGAGAAUGUCGAAGGUUGAAAGCAGCAUGGCUCGGGUGGUUCUGGAGCCACACGCGCAGUUCGACCUCACCGCCCACUCACGCGCCAGUUCUAUUCGAUCGCUCGCACUUGCCACACUGCCGGAUGCGAGACGGGAUCGUUCUACUGUCCUCUACGUCGGAACUAACUCUGGAACCCUCUUCUCCCUAUCGGCGGACACCGACGACGGUGACGGCGCCCCGAACGAUGCCGUUCUGCGGAAGCUCUCGUUUCUGCGGAGCGUUUCGGUGAGCGACGCCGCAGUCGAGUGCAUUUCGGUGAUCGAGGAGUUCGGGAAGGUUCUGUUGCUCUCCAAUGGGGCUUUGUUCUUGGUGGACUCGGAGCUCUCGAAUCGCGCUUCGAAAUUGAGUUUCUCGAAGGGAGUAUCUUUGGUCACGAGGAGGAGGUUUAGGAACGGCGAAUCCGAGAGUUUGGGUUUGGGUUUGGGUUCGGGUUCGGGGCUAGGUUCGGGGUUAGGGUUGUUUCAGAAAUUGAGAAUGAACUCAGUGAAGGAGGGUGAAAUGCAGAGUGAGGGUGGUUGUGUUUUUGCGGUUGUUGUUGGGAAGAGGUUGAUUCUUGCGGAGCUUGUCUUGGGGAAUAGGAAUGGGAAAAAUGAGAGGGAUGAUGGUGGUGGUGGCUCUCUUGUGGUUUUGAAGGAGAUUCAGUGUAUUGAUGGGGUUGUUAGUGCCAUGGUGUGGCUUAAUGAUUCUAUUGUUGUUGGUACUGUAAAUGGGUAUAGUUUGAUUUCUUGUGUAACUGGGCAGAGCAGUGUGAUCUUCUCGCUUCCGGAUGUGUCGCGGCCGCCAAGGUUGAAGCUUUUGCACAAGGAGUGGAGGGUGCUGUUGUUGGUGGACAAUGUGGGGGUUAUUGUUGACGCACAUGGGCAGCCGGUGGGAGGGAGUCUGGUGUUCCGGCAUGGGUUGGAUUCAGUUGGAGAGAUCGGUUCUUAUGUGGUUGUGGUGAGUGAUGGGAAGAUUGAGUUGUAUCAUAAGAGGUAUGGUGGGUGUGUUCAGGUUUUGCCGUUUGGUGGGGAAGGAGUUGGGCGAUGCGUUGUUGCUAGCGAGGAAGAUAGGGAUGGGAGGAUUGUUGUUGUUGCCACUGCUACCAAGGUAGUGUGCUAUCAGAAAUUACCUUCUGUAGAACAAAUAAAAGACCUUCUGAGGAAGAAGAACUAUAAGGGAGCCAUAUCCUUGGUGGAGGAGCUUGAGUCAGAAGGGGAAAUGUCAAAAGAUUUGCUGUCGUUUGUUCAUGCUCAAGUGGGAUUCCUCUUGCUUUUUGACUUGCAUUUUAAAGAAGCAGUGGACCACUUCUUGCUUUCUGACACGAUGCAACCUUCUGAAGUAUUCCCAUUUAUAAUGCGUGAUCCAAAUCGGUGGUCCUUACUGGUUCCUAGGAAUAGGUAUUGGGGUUUGCAUCCUCCACCAGCCCCCCUUGAAGAUGUUAUAGAUGAUGGCUUGAUGACAAUCCAAAGAGCUUCUUUUCUGAGGAAAGCAGGUGUAGAAACAAUAGUAGAUAAUGAUCUAUUUCUCAAUCCAGUGAAUAGAGCUGAUUUGUUGAAGUCAGCAAUCGAGAACAUUAGUAGGUAUUUGGAGGCCUGUCGAGAAAAAGACCUAACAGAAUCAGUCAGGGAGGGAGUUGACACUCUACUAAUGUAUCUCUAUAGAGCUCUAAAUUGUGUUGAGGACAUGGAGAGGCUGGCAUCUUCUACAAACUGGUGUGUUGUGGAGGAAUUGGAGCAGAUGUUAGAAGAGUCUGGGCACCUACGGACACUUGCCUUCUUGUGUGCAAGUAAAGGAAUGAGCUCAAAAGCUGUGCAUAUUUGGCGCAUCCUUGCAAGAAAUUAUUCAUCUGGCCUGUGGAAAGACCCUGCUUUGGAGAAUAGCACGCAGGACAGUGGGGAAAGCCUCAUUUCUGGCAGGUCAAUUGCUGCAGCUGAAGCAUCAAAGAUUCUUGAGGAAUCUUCUGAUCAAGAGUUGAUUCUACAGCAUCUAGGAUGGAUUGCUGAUAUUAGCCAGGUUCUUGCAGUCAAAGUUUUAACUUCAGAGAAACGAGAGAUCCAUCUUUCUCCUGAUGAAGUUGUUACAACCAUUGAUCCGCAGAAGGUAGAAAUUCUACAGAGGUAUCUCCAGUGGUUGAUUGAAGAUCAGGACUGUAAUGAUACACAGUUGCAUACGUUGUAUGCCCUCUCACUUGCCAAAUCAGCAAUUGAAGUCUUUGAAUCUGAAAAUAUCUCUAAGAAUCUGGAUAGUGAAAAUACGGAGACAAGAAGUUUGGCUGUGUCCAAAAACUCAAUCUUUGACACUCCUGUCAGGGAAAGAUUGCAGAUUUUUUUGCAAUCCUCAGACUUGUAUGAUCCAGAAGAAGUUCUUUAUUUGAUUGAAGGAUCAGAAUUGUGGUUAGAGAAGGCUAUUCUAUAUAGAAGACUGGGGCAGGAGACUUUGGUCCUCCAAAUUUUGGCUUUGAAACUUGAAGACAGUGAAGCUGCUGAGCAGUAUUGUGCUGAGAUAGGAAGGGCUGAUGCAUACAUGCAGUUGCUUGAAAUGUAUUUGGACCCACAAGAUGGUAAGGAUCCCAUGUUUACUGCUGCUGUUCGCCUACUCCAUAAUCAUGGAGAAUCAUUAGAUCCGUUGCAAGUUUUAGAGAAACUAUCUCCAGAUAUGCCACUUCAACUUGCUUCUGAUACUUUACUAAGAAUGUUCAGGGCCAGAGUUCAUCAUCAUCGUCAAGGACAGAUUGUGCAUAAUUUAUCUCGUGCUGUGGACAUUGAUGCAAGAUUAUCAAGAUUGGAGGAGAGGUCAAGGCAUGUUCAAAUUGAUGAUGAGAGUCUCUGUGAUUCCUGUGAUGCACGCCUUGGUACGAAGCUAUUUGCAAUGUAUCCUGAUGACACUGUUGUAUGUUACAAGUGUUACCGUCGUCAAGGUGAGUCAGUGUCUGUAUCAGGCCGCAAUUUUAAGGAAGACAUCCUAUUUAAACCGGGUUGGCUCGUGAGUAGAUGAUCUUUAAACUAUGUCGUAACUAGAUGCAAGUAUUGCUUGGUUGAAUCCCAGAAGCAGCUUCCACUUAUACCAAUCCAAAUUCAUUCAAAACUUGGAGGAUCAGGUUCUAACAUUCUAAGCUAAAAGAGUAGAAGUUGAUAUAGUUAUUAUCUGUAAAUAUCUGUUGAGUUCUCCAUUGUACUCUCCAUACCUUCAUCCCCCCUUCGGCAAAUUUCUUUGUAAAUUUGAUGAUGUAAAAUGUAAAUUUUUGCCCAUAAUAAUCAGCUCUUUUCUGCUUUA